AUGGGGCUGAAAUUGCAUGCCUUAUGUGGAAAUCGACCUUUAGCUACUGUCUAUGCACAGGCCAAGGUAGCGGAUAGUAACGGUGAGGGCGGAGAAACUCCAUACUAUGCAAUCCUGGGCAGAAAAGCAAACAGCAACACAAGACAUGGACCUAGGCUUAUUGAUGGUAUAAUGUAUUGCUCUACGACUAACUCGCGACAGCGUCUCCUCGGCUUUCGAGGUGAAGUCUCUGAGGGCGUCCAAGAGUUGCCUAACAGGAAAACAUCCUCCACAAAGAGACAGGGCUAG